CAUGAGGACAUUGGUAUUGUUACUUGUGGCUUUAAUAGCCGUCGCUCAAGCCGUGUCAAUUUAUGAUUCUACGGCUCGGGAAUGGAAUACUUUUAAGGCCGAACAUGGAAAGAGCUACACGAAUGAAAUCCAAGAAAAAUCGCGAUUGAAAAUCUUCAUGGAACAUAAGCAAAAAAUUGCUGAGCACAACGCAAUGUUCGAGCAAGGAUUAGUCACCUACAAACUAGGACUUAACAAAUACUCCGACAUGACACAUCAUGAAUUCGUGCGCACAAUGAACGGCUUCAACAAGUCGAGAUCAGGAAUACCUGACAGUUCCAAAACGAUGAAAGCAGCGCGAUUCGCGUCGCCAGCACACGUGCAACUGCCUGCGAGUGUAGACUGGAGAAAGGAAGGUGCCGUCACCGAUGUCAUGGAUCAAGGGUUCUGCGGUUCAUGCUGGGCAUUCUCAGCAACGGGUGCACUGGAAGGCCAACACUUCCGCAAGACCGGUAAAUUGGUAUCCUUGAGCGAGCAAAAUCUUCUCGACUGCUCGGGUAGUUACGGUAACUAUGGUUGCGUCGGUGGUUUCAUGCAACAUGCCUUCAACUACAUCAAGGACAAUAAAGGUAUCGAUACCGAGAAGACAUACCCUUACGAAGCUAGUGAAAAAUAUUGCCGUUACGACCCACGCAACAGCGGCGCCGAGGAUGUCGGUUUCGUGGGCAUUCGCACUGGGGACGAACAACAGCUCAUGGAGGCUGUUGCCACUAUUGGCCCGAUUGCCGUCGCUAUGGAUGCAUCUCACUUUAGCUUCCAAAACUACAGAUCUGGUGAGCUUAGCCGAAGUUGUAAAUAAUGUUUAUCCACAGGGAUCUAUUACGAGCCAAAAUGUCAGAACCAAGACCUUGAUCAUGCGGUCCUCAUAGUUGGCUAUGGUACCACUGAAAACGGAAUAAAUUACUGGCUGGUAAAGAACAGUUGGGGACAUAGUUGGGGAGAGAAUGGUUACUUUAAGAUAUCACGUAACAAGAAUAACCAUUGCGGUAUCGCUACUGAUGCCAGUUAUCCUCUUAUAAAAUCUUUUAUCAUGAAGAUAUUAGUAGUUUUACUUGUGGCCUUGGUUGCUGUCACUCAGGCUGUAUCUAUCAAUGAUCUGAUAUCAGCAGAAUGGACUAAUUUCAAGGUACAACAUAAAAAAAUCUACCAAAAUGAGAUUGAAGAAAAGUUCAGAAUGAAGAUCUUCAUGGAAAAUAAACAUCAUAUUGCAAAGCACAAUUCCAAGUAUGAGCAGGGUCUGAUACCAUUUAAAUUGGGAAUGAACAAAUAUGCUGAUAUGCUUCAUCAUGAAUUUGUACAUACCAUGAAUGGAUUUAACAAGACUAAGCCAGGUAUGCUCCAAAGUUAUCAAAAACCAGUAGGAGCUAAAUUCAUUGCCCCAGCUCAUGUUGAACUGCCAAAGAGUGUAGACUGGAGGCAAGAAAGAGCUGUUACAGAAGUUAAGGACCAAGGACACUGUGGUUCAUGCUGGUCUUUUUCAGCAACUGGUGCACUGGAAGGACAGCACUUUAGACAAACAGGCAAAUUGGUAUCCUUGAGUGAACAGAAUCUUAUUGACUGUUCGGGUAAAUACGGUAACAAUGGUUGCAAUGGUGGUCUCAUGGAUAAUGCCUUCAGAUAUAUCAAAGACAACAAGGGUAUCGAUACCGAGAACACUUACCCCUAUGAGGCCGAGGAUGACGUGUGUCGUUAUAACCCAAGAAACAGCGGUGCCGAUGACGUUGGUUUCGUCGAUAUUCCAGAGGGAGAUGAAGAAAAACUCAAGGCAGCUGUUGCCACCAUUGGUCCAAUUUCUGUUGCCAUUGAUGCUUCUCACCAGAGCUUCCAACUCUAUCAAUCUGGUGUAUAUUUAGAACCUGAAUGUUCGUCGACUGAACUUGACCACGGAGUUCUUAUAGUCGGCUAUGGCACGGAUGAAAUUGGCCAGGACUAUUGGCUCGUGAAGAAUAGUUGGGGGCCAGGUUGGGGUGACAAAGGAUAUAUCAAGAUGGCUCGAAACAAGGAGAACCACUGUGGCAUUGCUUCGUCGGCCAGUUAUCCUCUCGUUUAAGGAUACUUAAAUCACAUUAUCGUCUCUUCAUAAUCGGCGUUGUAAAUAUGAUUUUUUAAGUAUUUCCAAUGUUGUAUCUCGUUUGCCUCGUUCGACUCUUUUUUUUUUACUAGCAUUAAAUACACAUACAUGACGUUAGCGUAGGGUAAAUUGUUUUCCUUUAACGAUAUUUAAGCACUUUAUUGUGAUUUUUGUCUUUUUUAUGAAUGUGUAAUGACAUUUUAGGAAAUAUUAAGUUUUAUCUCAAUAUGUGUUUGUUUACUAUUCAUUACCAUGAUACAUCGUUAUAUCGACUCCUUUUUUUAUAUUUAUGCAAUCACAGAAAAAAAACACUUAAUUUCUUUCUUUGUAUUUUGAAUAUACUUAUGUAAUUCGAAAUAAAAAA